AUGGAGAUUCUUGUUUGGUUCAGGGAACUUGGCAUGUUGAUUCAUGUUCUGCCAUCGUUAAUAAUAUUUUCUUAUAGCUACCUACCAGCUGUUACCACACAAGGUUAUUUUCCAAAACUUGAGAACAUUGGAGCUUUUGUGCCGGUUGCCACUGAGCCAUUUGAAGCAACAUGUGGUGUGCCAGAACGAAGUGUCUUUUGUCAAAGUGAUACUGACAUUAAAACAAUUCACACAUGCAUUCAACGGUUGUGUGUUCAAGAGUGUCCCCAUAGAUCAAACUCUCCAAGGUACCAUGAUCUCCUUCUCUUCAACACUGGAACAUGCCUUAAAAAGGACAAAGAUGACCUUCACCCUGGAACUCAUGGGAAUUCAACAAGUUUUAUUUUUUACAAUCACAAAGACUGUUUUGUUACAACGUCUGUUCUGAAGAUUGGAAGUUCAUUUACGUUAACGGUUUGGCUGAAAUUAGAGCAAGAUGGAGUAAUGUGUGUGAUAGAAAAGUCGGCUGAUGGGCAGAUUGUGUUCAAACUCACAAUCUCAGAGAAAGAAACUGUGUUUUAUUAUCGCACAGUAAAUGGUUUGCAGCCUCCUAUAAAAGUAAUGACACAAGGGAGAUUUCUAGUGAUGAAAUGGAUUCAUCUUAGUGUGCAGGUCCAUCACACAAUAAUUAGUUUUUUUAUCAAUGGGUUGGAAGAAGAUAGUACACCAUUUGACUCAAGAAGUUUAAGUGGCCCUAUUUCAGACAGUGGAGAUCACAACUCUAUUGUGCUUGGACAAAAUACUAAUGGUAUUGAACAGUUUAUUGGAAGAAUGCAUGAUUUUCGCUUGUAUGAGGUAGCCCUUACAAACAGAGAAAUUGUGGAGGUAUUCUCCGGUGAUUUUCCAUAUUUACAUGUUCAGUCCGAGUGUCGUUGCACAGGAAGCCACCCCCGUAUACACCCUUUUGAACAAAGAUAUUGCAUUCCUAAUGGUAUUAAUGAUACAACUAAGGACAGAAUUUUAAGGCUUAAUCCAAAUUCACACCCAGUGUCAUAUAUUAAUGAUAAGGAUCUGGAAACUACAUGGAUUUCACGUUUGCUGUCAUCGUCAGACAUUGAUACCGGAAUCACUAUUACCAUAGACUUACUCAAUGGACAAUUCCAGGUUUUCUAUGUUAUCAUUCAGUUUUACAGCCCUAUGCCACAAGCUUUAAAAAUUCAAAGACAGAAGCACGCAAAUUCAACUUGGGAAGAUUGGCAAUAUUUUGCAAGUGAUUGCCAGAACUUUGGAAUGGAAAACAAUGGAAUUUUAAAUUAUCCAGACUCCGUCAACUGUCAGCAGCUCCCCAAGAAUACUCCUUAUUCACGUGGAAAUGUUACAUUCAGUAUUCUUAAACCAGAACCAUCCAAUCGACCAGGUUACAAAGACUUCUACAAUACACGCAGUCUUCAAGAAUUUGUAAAAACAUCUGGUAUCCGAAUUCAUAUGACUGGUCAAUACCAUACAGAACUGUAUGACCACGUCAUCAAUAACCGACACCGAUAUUAUGGAAUAAGUGAAAUUACUGUCAGUGGAAGGUGCAUUUGCCAUGGACAUGCUGAAUAUUGUGAUAAAAGUGUUACACCCUACAGAUGCCUAUGUCAUGCGGAAAGUCACACAUCUGGAACUAAAUGUGAUCAAUGUCUUCCUCUCUAUAACAACAAGCAGUUUCGUCAGGGUGAUCAAGUCAAUGCAUUUAACUGUAAACCAUGCCAAUGCUACAAUCAUUCGUUCAGUUGCCAUUAUAAUGUUUCCCUUGACCCAUACCCCAACGAUCACGACAGGGGUGGUGGAGGAGUAUGUGAUAACUGCUUACAUAACACCGCAGGAAAAAACUGUGAAUGGUGCAAGGAUUUAUUUUAUCGGGAACUGAGCAGCAACCUUUUUGCCACUGAUGUUUGUAAGUCCUGUAACUGUAAUGUAUCUGGGACCAUCAGCAAAAAUCUGCAAUGUCAAAAGGUUGGAGGCCAGUGUGAUUGCAAACCGCACGUAACAGGCAGACAGUGUGACCAAUGCAAGAAUGGAUUCUACAAUUUGCAACCAGAUGAUUCUUAUGGCUGUCAGCCAUGUAAAUGUAGCAUACAUGGUUCAAUCAACGGAAGUAUUGACUGCCAUCAAACUACUGGCCAGUGUAAAUGCAAACCAAACUUUAUUGGUCUUCACUGUGAUCGUUGCAACCUGGGCUUUAAACAACAGAAUCCACUAGGAGAGGAGAGCUGUGAACCAUGCAAGUGCUCCACAAAUGGCUCCAUCAAUCAGUUCUGCAAACCUACCAGUGGACAAUGUAAAUGCAAGGAAAAUGUCAAAGGACUGGCCUGCGACACUUGUAUCGACAAUUAUUAUGGGCUCGAUACAGAUGGUUGUAAACACUGUGAUUGUUACAGGGAAGGAAUUAUCUCUGGAACGGUUUGUGACAGAGUGACAGGACAAUGUGUUUGUCAGCCUAAUAUUGGUGGACAGCGAUGCAAUGAAUGCCUGAGUGGCUACUACAAAGUACAACAAAAUAAUUCCAGGGCAUGUCUUCCCUGCAGGUGUGAUGUGUCAGGCACAAUAAAUAGUUCACAAUCGUGUGAUAUCUCAAGUGGACAAUGCUUGUGCAAAGCUUUAGUAACAGGCCAGCAAUGUAACAUGUGCAUAAGCCACACAUACAAUCUGACCAUUGGUAAUGUCCAUGGCUGUCAGAAUUGUGACUGCCAUCCUUUGGGUACACUGGAGAGCACCUCAUGCAACCAAACAGAUGGACAAUGCAAAUGUUUGCCUAAUUAUCACGGAAGAAUGUGCAACGAGUGCAGACCAGGUUUUUAUUUAUCUGCAGCUCAUGGCAUGAAAUGUGUGCCUUGCAUGUGCCACUCAGGAGGUUCAGCUAAUGGGAUUUGCAAUAGCACAAAUGGUCAGUGUGUUUGCCAAGAUUCCUCUAUAACUGGACAAAAAUGCGAUCGAUGCCAUGAUUUAUACUACGGAUUUCAUUUGAAUCUUGGAAGAUGCCGUACCUGCAGUUGCAAUGCAGCAGGAGCAGUGAAUGGUACUUGCCACUCUGUAACUGGGCAAUGCUUCUGUAAGCAAUUUGUAAGAGGCUUCAUCUGUGAUCACUGUGUUGAAGAUGCCAGCAAUUUGGAUGCUCAGAACCCAUACGGAUGUAGCACAACUCCUCUUCAGCAGCCUCCUCCUCGAAUUAAUAUUUACAAUAGUACAGCAAUCGGUCUCACUUGGAAUCCACCAGAUUCCCCCAAUACCAACAUUAUUAACUAUGUGUUAUACAGAGAUGGACUUGGGGUUUACAACAUUACAGACCAUUUCCCUUUCAGUCUCCAGAGUUUUACAGAUACACCAUUGUUUCCGUACACUGGAUAUACAUAUCAAAUCAAAGCUAUAAAUGUACAUGGGUAUACCAGUAGUUCUGAAGUUCUGUAUCGAACAAAGGCCGGAACCCCAACUGGAGAAAUAAUUUUAAGUCACAGCCCUCCUGUCUAUCCUUAUUCAGUUUCGUUGAGCUGGACAAUGACAUCUGAGGAAUCUGGUCCUAUAGAAAAAUUCCGAUUAAUGUACUCAAAAAUCAGUUCACUUGAACCUAAUAUCAGCUAUGAAGGACCUGACAUGUCUGUGACUGUACACAAUUUAACUCCAUUUACCAGAUAUAAUUUCUUAGUCCAAGCCUGUACCACUGAAGGUUGUCUUCAAAGUCUACCAGUUACUGUAGUUACUCCCCAAGCUCCUCCUGCACAUCAAGACCCCCCAACUCAGUUAAACGCCAGCUCUACAGAACUCCAUUUGCAGUGGUCUCCACCAACUCAACCAAAUGGGAUUAUAAUAAGAUACGAACUGUUUAUGAGAGGUGUAGAAAAUAUACAUGGUAAUUAUAUUCCAACGGAAAGGCGUGUUUUUCAUACCACCGGAUGGCUAAACCCUCGACCAGUUGUGGAGUCUGAAAACGAGAAUGCACUAAAGCCACCUGCAACCAACACAACAAUAUCUCAUUUAGAACCAUACACAAAAUAUGAGUUUUGUAUUGUGUCUGCUAACAUGGCAGGUAGUGUGACUUCAAAGUGGGUGGAAAUGAAAACCAAAGAGUCAGUGCCUGUCUACAUGCCACGUCCUACUGUAUUUCCACUGUCACCUCACUCUCUAAAUGUUUCCUGGGAAAAACCUACCAAUAGUGAUGCAAGAGGGGAAAUCGUUGGGUAUACUAUCAAUAUGAUAUCAGGUGAAAUACCUGACCAGUCACAAACUGCAGCAGGAUCUGAGGUAUUAUAUGUGGCAGAGGCUAAUGAAUUAUUUUAUGAAGUGACAGGAUUAAAACCAUAUCAUGUGUACAACUUUACAAUUACUCUCUGCAAUAAAGUUGGCUGCGUAACAAGCAAGCCAGGUGGGGCCCAGACUUUAGCUUCAGCACCUCAACAUUUCAAUGCUCCACAAGUGAAGGGGAUCAAUAGCACCACAAUGAUGAUUUCUUGGGAGGCACCUAUGGAUCUUAAUGGACCUUUUCCACUUUAUCAGCUUAUAAAAGUAGACUCAUCAUUAACAAUGAAGAACAAAAUGGAUUUUGUCAAGGGAACUCGCUUUCCAGGAAAUGGAUAUGUAAAAUUCCUUCCUUCCACUUUACCGACAAAUUCAUAUUUUACAGGUAUUAAAAUACAAUUUCGAACCAAGGAGCCAGAUGGGUUGCUCCUCUGUGCUGUGUCAGCUGGAAUGCAAGAAGAAUACAUAGUUCUCCAAAUGAGAAAUGGUCGUCCGUACUUCCUUUUUGAUCCACAGGGUUCGGCUGUCUCAGUCAGUCCAACUAAUGAUGGAGGAAAAAAAUAUAAUGACAACAAAUGGCAUCAGGUAGUAGCCACAAGAACUCAGGCUUCUGGAUACAUAACUGUGGAUGGACAAUAUACAGGUUCUUCUGCAGCCAGAAGCGGUGGUACAGUUAUUGGAGAAAACACUGGGGUGUUUAUCGGGGGCUUUCCAAACUAUUUUUCUCUCAGAAAGAAUGACAGAGGUGACACUCAAAUAACUGAAAAGCAUUUUGUUGGUUGCCUUGGUGAAAUAUUAAUUCAGAAAAGUGACAAUCCUCAUGAAAUAUGGGAAGCUCUGGAAUUUAAUAAUGCGGUGGAAACAAAAAAUGUUUAUGAGAAAUGGGAAGGGUGUCCAGAUUCAGCGGAGGAAGGAGCACAUUUUCUAGGUUUUGGAUUUCUUGAACUUCAACCUAAUUUAUUUUCCACUGGACAUGAUUUUGAAUUAUCAUUUCUCUUUAAGACUGACCAAUUGAAAGGAGUGCUUCUAUUUGCUUAUGCAAAUCAGACAGACUAUUUUAUUAUGCAAUUAAAAAAUGGAAUCCUAAACACAAAACUGAAAAAGCAGUCCACACUUUUAGACUUAGAUCUUUGGGCAGGACUGUCUUACUGUGACGGGAGUUGGAAUUCUGUUUAUUUUAGAAAAGAAGGAACACUUUUUCUAGUGCAACUCAAUAACCUGGUAGAACGAUUUACUCAGCCUGUUCUGCACACGGGAACAAGUGUCAUCUCUGCUCUUUAUAUUGGUGGUGUCCCUGAAGAUGUUCAUCGCAUAUUUUCAGAUCUUAAUUUGCAACAAGGUUUUGGUGGUUGCAUGAAGGAUUUAAGAUUUACACGAGGUGUGGCUGUUAAUUUUGCCACUGCAUCGUAUAGCACUGUCAGAGUCAAUCUAGAUGGAUGCCCAUCAACUGACAGUCCUGUUAACUGUAGAGGGAACGACUCUAUCAUUGUAUAUAGAGGCAAAGAACAGACCGUUUAUGAAAGUGACCUACAACCAUUUACAGAAUAUCUGUACAGAGUAGUUGCUUCCAAUGAUGGAGGAUCUGUCACUAGUGCUUGGAACCAAGGACGUACAAGAGCAGAAGUUCCACAGAGUUUUAAUGCUCCUAUAAGGCUUCUCAACAUAAGUGGAUAUAGCGCGGAGGUUGCCUGGGCCAGACCUUCAGGGGUGAGAGGCGUAAUUGAGAAAUACCUUUUGAAAGCCUAUCCAGAGAACAGUCACAAUGUAUUUACCAGCAGUGCUGUAAUUUCUGACAACAGCAAAGCUAAUGGCACACUGAAAGGCUUGCUACCCUUCACAAAAUAUGCUGUAACGCUAUCUGUAUGCACUUCGUCUGGCUGUAGUGAGAGCUCACAUGUUCUCCACAUCUCCACUCUGGAAGAAGUUCCAGGAGAAGUCCAGAUUCCAACUGCGAAAUCAUUUCCCAAUUCAUUAUAUUUAUAUUGGUCACCACCCAGGAAACCAAAUGGCAAGAUAACAAAGUACAUAUUAUUUGUGGAUCGGAACCAGAUAUACAUGGGGAAUGAAACAGAAUUCAAUGUGACUGAUUUGGGGAUGUUUACACCACACCAAAUUCAGCUGAGUGUGUGUACUAUUAUUGGUUGCUCGAACAGUACCCAGGCCAUCGUGUUUACUGCGCAGACUCCCCCAGAUUAUGUGGCUGCACCUGUUCUAACAGUUUUGGAUUCAAGAAGCAUACAUGUUAAGUGGGAAGAACCAACUGCGGCCAAUGGAAUUCUAGAGCGUUAUAUUAUUUACAUGUCAACCAACAGCAUCUGGAAUGUUAUCUACAACAGUACCGAGCUUUUCUUAGACUACACUAUCCGAGAGUUAACACCUGGCAUUAAAUAUCUGAUCAAAAUCAGCGCAUGCACGGCUGGUGGAUGUACAACAAGUGAUGCAAGCACAUGUACGACUGAAGAAAGUCCACCUGAAGGUGUCCAGACUCCAAAAAUUGAGUCCUAUACACCAGACUCUUUCAAUAUUUCCUGGUCAAAGCCUUUGCACCCAAAUGGUAUUAUAACAAGUUAUGGGCUUUAUAUGGAUGGAAUCUUAAUGCAGAAUUCUUCACAACUUAGUUUUUUUGUGGAUGGACAUUCUCCCUGGAGUAAACAUUCCUUCAGGCUCCAAGCAUGUACAUCGAAAGGCUGUGCCCUUGGAAGAUUGGUUGAAGCUUAUACACAAGAAUCUAAACCAGAAGGGGUUGUACUGGUGCAUGCUGUUACUGAUGGACCAAGAGGCAUUCAGAUGAAAUGGCAAGGACCUGAAAGACCCAAUGGAAAUGUCACAUACAAUGUUAUAUUUGAAGGAUUAUUUUAUGUGAACCCCAUAGGAAAGAAUUAUACAAUGCUCAAUUCCACUAAAAUAUUGCACCAGAGUUUUGAGAGUAAUAAAUGGAUUUCCAUAGAUGGCCUGAUCCCCUUUUCUAAUUACAGUAUCAGGAUAAAUGCUUCCAACAGUCAAGGAUUCGUAAUGAGUAACCCUAUACUAUUAACAUUGCCACCUGGAGCUCCAGAUGGUAUACUGCCUCCCAGGCUUUCAUCUGCCACUCCGACCAGUCUUCAGGUUGUCUGGUCUACACCAGUUCGUAAUAAUGCUCCUGGCUUACCCGAAUACCGACUCCAGAUGAGGUCCUCGGAUCCCACCAAUGAAAUUACAGACCUAUAUUCUGGAAGCAUGGCCUUCUUAACUUAUGCCAUUAAAGAUCUCCAGCCAUUUACAACGUAUGAGGUUAGAAUUGCUGCAUUCAAUAAGUAUGGAGCAACAAAUAGCAACUGGAUUGCUAUGUCUACUGAAGAGGACAGACCAGGACCUGUAGACCAACCUCUUUUCUCCAAUAUUAAUUCAACAUCACUAACCAUUACCUGGAAACAACCUUCACAAACUAAUGGUGUAAUUACUCACUAUAACAUUUACCAAAAUGAUAGUUUUCUGCUAACUGUUCCAGGGACCAGCUUCGGCAGCACCAUAGAAAAUUUAAUUCCGUACACAAACUACAAAUACCAGCUUGAAGGAUGCACAUCUGCAGGCUGCUCAAAGAGUCUGGAGUCUUCAGUAAAAACCCUGCCUGGUGCUCCAAGUGGUAUUUUACCACCUGACCUAUACUCUGACACACCUACAUCGGUGGUUAUACGAUGGAAGCCUCCAAUUCACUCCAAUGGUUUAAUAGCAAACUAUACAAUUGAAAGACGGAUGAAAGGAAAAGACACAGUGUAUCAAUUAGUGACUUUACCCAAAGAUCAUCCAAUGCAGUAUAUAGAUCGAACAACCGAUAUUAGCCCAUGGAAAACAUUUGAAUAUAGGAUAGUAGUAUCUGUCAUUGAUGGUGGAAACAAUGGAAGUUCUUGGUCAGAAGUUACAACAAGACCAUCUCGACCUGGUGGUGUGCAGCCUCCAGAGGUGUAUAUAUUGGGACCAUAUACUGCAAAGGUCAUUUGGAAAAUGCCUCUUAUACCAAAUGGAGAUAUAUUAAGCUAUGAGAUUUGCAUGCCUGAACCUAAAAUUACUAUCAUUAACACUAUGUUGUUAAACUAUACAGUGACAAAUCUAAUCCCUUACACUAACUAUUCUGUAACCAUCGUGGCUUGUUCUGGAGGUGAUAUCUAUCAUGGGGGCUGUACCGAAAGUUUACCUACAUACGCAACCACUCAUUCUGCACUCCCUCAAGGUAUAAGCCCUUUGUCAGUGACACCAGUCAGUGAAACAUGCAUUGCUGUUUCCUGGCAAGCUCCUUCAAGGCCAAAUGGACCUCAGUUAAGAUAUGAACUCCUGAGACGUAAAAUCCUGCAACCACUUGCAUCAAAUCCCCCUGAAGAUUUAAAUCUGUGGCAGAAUAUUUACUCAGGAACUCAAUGGUUUUAUGAAGAUAAGGGUCUUAGCAGGUACACCUCCUACCAGUACAGACUGAUUGUUCAUAAUAUGGUGGGAUACACAUCUGGCACAGAUGUUACAGUUACGACGAUGGCAGGACCACCCGUUAAGGGAAGCAAUGUUACAGCCCUGACUGUUAACCAUACUGCCAUACAAGUAAAAUGGUCCAAACCCUCUGUACACGAUUUGCAAGGGGAUGUUGAACUUUACACUUUGUUUUUGAACUCGUCAAAAUCAUCCAAAACAAUGAAAUUUUCGGCAAACAUGACCUCCGCAACUAUCGGCGACUUAUACCCAAAUACAAAAUAUCAACUCAGUCUUCAGGUUUUCAACGGAGUUCAUAGAAUAAACAGUGAUUUUAUCCAUGUGACGACAAUGGAUGGAGAGCCUGAGGGCAUGUUCCCUCCAGAGGUUGCAAUCAUCAACCAUACAGCUGUACGUGUCAUCUGGACAUCGCCUUCAAACCCAAAUGGUGCUGUCACUGAAUAUUCUAUCUAUGUAAAUAAUAAGGUCUACAAGACAGGAAUGAAUUCACCAAGUGCCUUCAUUGUGGGAGACCUUUCGCCAUACACAGUGUACAACAUCAUCAUUGAGGUCUGCACAAUUUACGCAUGCACAAAAAGCAACAGUACUCGUAUUUCAACUGUUGAAGACAAACCAAGAAAAGUGCAUCCACCAAGUAUCAAUAAUGUUUAUUCGAGAUCAGUGGAGCUAUUUUGGACAUUACCAGAAGAACCGAAUGGAAUUAUUCUAGGCUUUACUGUUUGGAGGAAAACCUUACAUCGAUGCAGUUUUGUACAGACGUUAAGUAAGGCUUACGAUUUUAAGUCUUGCGCAUAUGUUAAGUGCAAGAAGAAUGAAGAUAUAUGUGGAGAUACAUGUUAUAAUCCUGACCAUCAGGAAUGUUGCGACGGAGUCUUACAUGACAGGAGAGUUGGAUAUCGGUGCUGUGAAGAUGACUACAUUUUAUCCAGCCAGAAUACCUCUGUGGAUUGUUGUGGCGGUCACUUGCAUCGUGUUCGACCAGAGUAUCGGUGUUGCGGGAGAUAUUAUACAAGGGUACAAGCAGGUGAAGUUUGCUGCUAUAACACAAUGGAGAAUAGCGUUGCAGUUGGUGAUGGUGAUUCUUGCUGUGAGGGAAUUCCAUUUCUUAAGUCCGGAAAUCAAAUGUGCUGUGGUGGGGAACUGUAUGACAAAUACAAUCAACAGUGCUGUGGAGGAAGAAUUAUUGGACUAAACUAUAUAUGCUGUGGAGAUGAACAAGAUGGAACAACGCAUUGGCCCUCUCCAGGUUUGGAUUGUUGUGGCACGGAGUUUGUGAACAUUUCGGAGUCAAUUUGUUGUGCAGAUUCCAAUGGGCAAGUUAAAGUACAUCUGAAGCCGCGUGACCAGAAGCCAUUAAAAUGCUGUGACACUCAGCUCAUUUCAGAGAAUGAAGAAUGCUGUAACGGAGUUGGGUAUAAUCCAUUGAUUCAUGAAUGUGCCAAUAAAUUAUCAGCAGAAAUUAAUAACAAGAAAAGAAAAUGUGGUUUGAAUGUUUUCUGCCCAAUAUCUUUAUCUGCUACGGCAUAUUGUGGUCGAUGUAGUUUUAAUUCAGCUACUGAUUCGUGUUGGAUGACAAAAACAGCAUUGCAUGUUAGAACAAACGCAGAUUCCAGAGAUGAAGAAUAUUGUCCAACAGAAGAAGAAAUUACAUAUGUUGGAGGGCCAGACAAUUUAAAUUUUACAGAUACUGGUCUGGAGCCUUUCACUACUUACGAGUACAGACUUUCCCCCUGGAAUAGCUUUAGUCAUGGCUUUAGUCAUGUGACUAGAGUAACCACCAACCAAGAUAUACCUCAAGGAGUAGACCCACCAAGAUGGACCAUAGUGAACAACCGUAAUUAUGUCAUAUCUUUGAGUUGGAAAGAGCCAGAUAAAUCAAAUGGUAUAAUGCACUACGUGAUUCUUCGAGAUGGAACUGAACGUUAUAAGGGAAUUUCAAAACAUUUUCUUGAUAAAGGAGGAAUUAAUCAGUUCCAGGAAUAUAGCUACCAGUUGCGUGCGUGUACAGUUUCUGGUUGCUUGGAUAGUGCUAAGGUACUUGCUGCCAUUAAACAAGAUGUGCCAAAAGGCGUUUCCCCACCACUUAUAACCACAGUAAAUUCUACUGCUUUAUACUUGAGCUGGUUAAUGCCAAGCAAACCCAAUGGCAGAAUCAAGAGGUAUCAAGUUAAUCACAAUGAUGAUGGAGUUAUAUAUGUAACCUCUGAAGGACACAAUGAAUACACUGUAACAGGUCUCCAGCCAUUUACAAAGUACAGUUUCUCGCUGACAGUUUGCACCUCUGCCGGCUGUACAACCAGUGAGCCAUCUACAGGCGUUACAUCGCAAGAUGUUCCACAGGGAGUGUGGUCAAAGCCACGUCAUGUUAUAAUCAAUACAACAGCGCUGGAACUAUAUUGGAGCGAACCUGAGAAGCCCAACGGGAUGGUUUUGCAGUACAGACUGAAAUGCAAUGGGGAAAUAAUUGCCAAUCGAAGUGGGGAAUAUUUGAGUUUCACUGACGUUGGCCUGCAGCCCAACAGCAGGUAUUAUUACCAGUUGGAAGCAAGUACUGAGGCUGGAAGUACCAAUAGUGACUUCUAUAUUAUAGAAACUCCAGCUGCAGCUCCAGAGGAUAUCCCUGCUCCGUACAAUAUCACAACGCUUGGGCCCCACACCAUAUAUGUGGCCUGGGAUGUUCCUGGUGUAUAUAACAGCAGUAUACCUCUAAAAUUUAAUGUUUUACUGAAUGCUGGCAGUACAGAUUCUGAAGUACAUCCUGCUGGAGAAGAGAACUUUAUCCUUGUAGAAAAUCUGAAUCCAUAUACUCAGUAUAACAUACGGAUACAAGCCUGUCAGAAUGGAGGUUGUGGUGCUGGAUUCCCAGUGUCUGUACUUACUGAGGAAGCAGCCCCUGAGGAAUUCGACCCACCACUUGUGUCCGUAACUGGACCAAAAUUAAUUCAGGUUGCCUGGAAAAUACCUAAGAAAGCAAACGGAGUCAUAGUGAAAUAUGUUAUACACAGACGUUGUGUUGGCCAACAUGAAAUUCUUCCCAUUUUCAUUUGGACCGAAGGACCUCUCGUAUACAUGAGCUCAUCCAAUGAUUUGCUCCCAUACACACAAUAUGAAUAUUGCAUCACAGCACAAAACAGCAAAGGUUCUGUAAAAAGUUCCUGGUCCAUGAUUUACACACUUGAAUCUGAACCUCAGGACCUGGAACCGCCCACUGCGCAAGUUACAAGUGCAUACUCUGUGUUUAUCAAUUGGAUGCCACCCGUGAAUCCUAAUGGAGUCAUAAAAUAUUAUUAUAUAAAGUACAAAGAGACGGCCAGUGAUCCAAUAUUAAGCCCUUUGUCUAUAAAAUCAUUAACUCUACCGCAUGCCUUUACCUUAACCGGAACAUCAAACCAUGCAAAAUUAUAUGGUUUACUUCCUUUUACAACAUAUGAAAUAUGCAUUGAAGCUUUAAACAGUGCUGGCAAGGUCUCUAGUCAGUGGGUUUAUGUGCAGACAUCAGAAGCUUCACCAAGUGGGCUGAGCAACUUUGUAGUGGAGAAGAAAGAGGAUGGCCGGGCAUUGCUACUUGAUUGGUCUGAGCCAAGAAGACCCAAUGGAGUUCUACAGAAGUAUAACAUUUAUUGCGAUGGCAAUCUUGAAUACAGUGGUCUGAAUCUUCAGUUUUUAUUCCAGCGUCUUGAGCCGUACACAGUUUAUAAAUUAGUACUUGAAGCCUGUACUGCAGCUGGUUGUACUCAAACUUUACUCCAGCUUGUACAAACAAAGGAAGCAUCCCCAACUACUCAGCUCCCAGUAGCCAUAGAGUCUAUAAAUUCCACACACAUUGUUCUCAGCUGGUCACCUCCCAUCUACCCAAAUGGACAGAUUAACCAAUAUGAUGUCAUAAAAAGGUGUAGCCAUACGCAUUGCUUGGGAACUACAAAAAACGCAGAUGGAUAUGUUGUACACAGUGAAUAUAACACAAAACAUAAUACAUUUAGAUAUACUGAUAAAUAUGUACGCCCCUGGAAUAUUUACGAAUAUAAAAUCCGAGCAUGGAAUUCAGCAGGUUCCACAAAUAGUUCAUGGACAGAGGCUAAGACAACUCAAGCAGCACCUAGUAAUCUUCUGCCACCAAAAUUGUACCACUUGGAAGUCAGUCCCAAUCAACUGACUAUUAAAUGGUCACCACCAGAAGAAGAAAAUGGUGUAAUAAUAUCCUAUAGAUUACAGAGAAAUAAUAUUACACUCCCUUUCAGCUUUGAUUCCUCCACAUUUUGUUAUACUGAUGGAAGUCUCUUGGCUUAUUUUGAGUAUAGCUAUUCUGUUAUAGCAUGUACAAUAGGAGGCUGCACUGCCAGUCCAAGUAACACAAUAAAAACAUUAGAGGCACCACCUGGUUUUGUAAGCCCACCAAAUGUAGAGUUACUAAGUGCCACUGAAGUCAAUACAUCUUGGUCUGCACCAUUAAUGCAAAAUGGAGAAAUAACAAAAUAUAUACUUAAAAUGGAGCAUGAGAGCUAUUUUGCUGGGAAAGGAUUAUGGAAAGUUAUAUCUAACCUAGAGCCAUUUACAAUGUAUAAUGUUAGUCUGAUAUCCUGCACCGGUGGUGGGUGCACAUCUAGCUUGCCUAUUGCUUUCCGGACAAUGGAAGAUCGUCCAACAGAUAUGAAGGCCCCAAUCUUUAAAGUUACAGGACCAGAGUCCAUUGAAAUAAUGUGGCAAACCCCAAGUAAACCCAAUGGGGAAAUAAAAGGUUAUGAGUUACGGAGGGAUGAACUUCUGAUUUAUGUUGGAAUGGACACACAUUAUCACGACUCUCAACUAGAACCAGGAACAGAAUACAUCUACAGCAUUCAAGCAAACAACAAUCAUGGUAACAGUGAAAGGUCUUCUGCAAAGAUUAAAACCCAUCCUUCCCUUCCUUAUGGGAUGCAGCCCCCUAAAAUGCAAGCCAAAAGUGCCCAUGAGAUUCUACUGACCUGGAGUCCUCCUUCCAGAACCAAUGGUGACAUUAUUAAGUAUCUGCUAUUAAUCCGUUGCCCUUUUGAACUGAGAGAAGAGAAACAAUAUCAUUUUAAUAACUCAUUAACCACCCAGAUGAGCCAUUCAUUCACUGUUACAGACCUGAAGCCCUUUAAACAGUAUGAAGCCAAAAUUGAGGCUUGUACACUCGUAGGAUGUGUUGCCAGUGAAUGGGUAACCGGAACUACAUUGGAAGCACCCCCAGAAUCACAGCCUCAACCUCUUAUAGAUAUGCAUAUGAAUCCGCAAGUGCCUUUAAUUAUGUGGAAUGCUCCCCCGCAACCAAAUGGCAAGAUCUUAUACUACGAACUUUAUCGCAGGCAAAUCACGGACAUAAAGGAAAUGGUCACCACUGAACUGGUUUACAAUGGGUCAGAAACAGUAUAUAAGGAUAUCAAUCUGCUGCCGUAUACAGAAUAUAAGUAUCAGGUCUGGGCUGUAAAUUCUGCAGGAAGAAGACCAAGUCCAUGGGUUUACUGUAGAACUGGUCCAGCAGCCCCCGAGGCAGUACAUGCUCCAGUAUUUGAAUCUGUCUCAUCCACAUCGGCUUUGGCUACCAUCCAACCUCCAUCUAAACCUAAUGGAAUCAUAACUUUGUACAGGCUAUUCUCUAGCACUAAUAAAGGCACCUAUAUAGUGUUGUCAGAAGGUACAUCCAACCAGCAAACUAUAUAUGGACUUAAACCUUUCACCAAAUAUUCUGUUGGAGUGGAGGCCUGUACCUGCUUAAAAUGUUGCAGCAGAGGCCCCGUGGUUCAAAUUACCACCCUGCCCGCUCCACCCUCUCAUCAAUUACCCCCUCGUGUAACUUCUAGAACAUCAAGAUCUGCUUCCUUUCAAUGGAACGGACCACAGUCACCUAAUGGGAUUAUUCAAAGAUAUGAAAUUCAGAUGCAGGUCACCUGUCCCCAACCAUACCAAAUAAUUGGUAUAUCGUGCACACCAGGACAAAUUGAAGAGAAAUACAUUGGAAAUGAAGACAGCUGCAAUGUGACCAGUCUUCUGCCAUAUACCAGUUACAGCGUGCGUGUGAUAUCAUAUAAUUCAGAAGGCAGCACGGACUCUGAGUGGAUUGUCUGCACCACAUUGAAAGAAAAACCACAGUACAAAUCCAACUUUAUAGUCUCAAGUAAUAUAACAGCAUUAUUUCUGGACUGGAGUGUCACCUUCCUACUCAAUGGAAUUUUGAAAGAAUAUGUUUUGACUGAGAGAGGACAGAAAGUCUACAGUGGAUUGGACAGUAGUGUCUAUAUUCAAAGGACCACAGAUAAAACCUUAUUCUUCCAGGUGAUAUGCACCACUGACAUGGGAACAGUUAGCUCGCCAAUAGUGAAAUACAGCUCUGUCACGGGGCUUGCACCAGUGCAGUCUUUUCCAAGUGGUAAGAAUGGAACUGUGGACAGAGGAAACACGUUUUACAAUGAGCUAUGGUUUAUAAUCUUGAUGGCCCUUUUGGGGUUAGUGCUAUUAGCUAUCAUUCUAUCACUGCUUCUCCAGAGGAAGUUGAACAAACAACCAUGCCCAAGAGAUCGACCCCCAUUAGUUCCACUUCAACAGCGAAUGUCUCCAGCAAGUGGAUAUUCCCAAAAUGAGGCUUACACGAAAUAUUCUCUGUCUGAUAGUCAGCAUGCUAUGCUACAAGCUCCUACUGUACAAAUUCCUAUGGAAGCAUCAUCACAAGUCUCCGAAAUGGGAAUAUCUGAAAUAAAGAUCCCAUCAACAGAUUCUCCUACAGGUCAUACGACAAUGGUUCGGAAGACAAGUCACAGUCAGAUCAGCCAUAGCUUCUCCCAGAAUUCCUUGUAUCAAAGUGCUAGUCAACUGCUUAAUUCACAUGAUAAAAAAUCCUUAGGAGAUGGUUCCAUAUGGGACAGCAUUAUUCACGGACAUGACAGUGGAAUGUAUGCGGAUGAUGAUGAUCUAAUAAGUACCAUUAAAAGCUUCAGUACAGUGACCAAGCAGCACACAGCCUUCACAGACACCCCACUAUAGGCGGUGCAGGAGCAAUGUACGGAAAAUCUGCCUUGCAAAGGCUAUUGAAAUAAGGAUCGAAAAAAGGAGACUGGGGGCCAAAAUUGCUGCCUUGGACUAUAGUACAAAAGCUCAGUACAUGAAGAAAUGUAUAGGAGUUUGGGCAUUCAUGUCAACAAAUCGGAUUAUUAUCAUGUUUUUUAACUACUGCUUUAAAAUGGAAUUGAAUUAGCAAACAAAUUGCAUUUUCUUCCCGUAUCAUCGGAAAACCUUUCAAGUUAUCACAUACAUUUUCUUGGUGUAAAAUUCAAAUUCAAAGCUUGAAGUGUUUUGGAUUGGUGAAAAAAAAAGUGAUUAAGGCUCAAUGAAGCAAAUCAAUUUAAAACACACAUUGAUAUAUUAAAUGCAGAAAAUGUUGAGGUUUAUUUGUAUAUUAUUAAAAAAAAUCUAAUCACAUAAAUUUAGGAAACAACAGGUUAUUUGAAUAAACAUUUCCAACUUCACGUUGGUCUGUUUUAGCCUGACAUGUGUAAUUUUGUUUUCAAUUCACUAAAAUUAAUUUUGUUUACUGAAUAAACCCCGGCAUGUUUUACAUCUGUCCAAUAAUUUUUUUUAAUUUUGGAUACUUUUAUAUAAAGUUUUGCUUCACUGUAAACAUAUUAAUUAUUCCUAGAUAGUUGCCGCAAUCAGCAUAGUUUAUAAAUAUUUAGAUAUUGUCAAUAGAGUUAUAUAAGUUUAAAUGUAUUUAAAACAAACCAGAUCUAAUUUCUAUAAUAAUAGGUUAGACUU